AGUAAGGCCAGCAAGAUAAUGAACAGAAAGCAGCGAGGAUUUGGGCGACAAAUGGGUUAAUGUAAUAUUUAUGCAUUAUGCCAUUAGAUUUUCCUUGUUUAAAUUUUGAGGUAAAAAGAUUUCUUCUUGAUUUUUCUCUUACAGUUAUUUUGUUAAAUCUUUCAACUGUGUUUCAGAUCAUAAGAAAAAUCCUUUCAACUAUGUCGUCUAUCAUCACCCGUUUGGGUCUCUGGUCCGUCCCUCGGACAAGCUCCUGGAUUUAAGAGAAAAUCCCAAAUCUUUCAACACACUCUCUGUGUCUCCAUCUCUCUCUACCCCACUCUGCUUUCUUCUUCGUCGUCGUCGUCCUCUUUCCAAGUCAGUAAUUGCUGAAUCGUUUGCUUGGCUCUUGGGUUUUUGUUUCUCAUACCUCGCAUUCUUUGAGAUUUAGUUCAAAGUCAGAUGGGAGAGAACAAAGAAACUGCCUAGAGAUCAAAAAACCACUGCAGACCCAUUUGUGGUGGUGUACGCAAAUUUUCAUGGAAGACAAUGACUCAGCAAGAUCAAACCCAAAAAUGGAGCAAUAGCGGCAGUGGCGGCGCCGGAGGUCCCGGAAGGUCUUCAAAGAAGCCAAAGCAGAAAAAGGUACCACAAAGAGGACUUGGUGUGGCACAGCUUGAGAAAAUAAGAAUAGAAGAACAACAAAGGAAAGAAGCUGCUGCUGCUGCUGCAAUUUUACCAACCCCACCAUCACUAUCACCAAGCAAAUGUUAUCUGCCUCCGCAACUUCCUAGUUUUCAUCAUUCUAAUCAACCGUCCUCUUCUCCAAUUUCAUUACAUCCUGGCAUCCCAGUAGAUUUUUUUAGGUUGCCUCCGUCACUGCAAAAUCUAGAUGCUAAUAAAGCUUCUUCAUGCACUGUUCCAUUGGAAGACAGUUGUACUUUUGACCCUGCCUGGCGUAAGUUGUGUGAAUUUGAGAAGGAUUUUGUGUCAAGUAUGUCUAUGAACUUGCCUUAUGAAUCCAACCACAUUUGGCCUCCCUCCCAUUGGACUCAAAGAACACAGCAAUAUCAGCAACCUUCUUCAUCAACGGUGAAUGUCUCAUCAGGGAACUUAACAUCACCUGUCUCUCAUUACUCAAAAGAGCCCCCUUCAAACCAAAACUGUAGUAGCAGCCGUGUGCCUAUGAGGCCAGAGGAGAAGAUGAUUGGCCAGAAAAGAUCAUACCCCUUCUCUCUGGAAGUUCCACCCGCCUCCUCUUUCAAUUUCAAAUCGCCUGCCUUGACUAUUAAUGUGAAACCAAAUGAAAGUACUUCACGUGCCUAUGGAAGUGGCCUGAACUUUGGUGCUUCCUCUUCAGCUUUUAGAGAAGUACCUUCCUGUUCAACACCAUGCUCAUCAGAGCCAAACUCUAAGAAGAAUGAGAAUUUCAAUGGAGAUUUUCUCUCCUUAGCUCCACCCAUUUCACCCUCCAAGUGCAAGUCUACUUCAACUUUCCCAGCAUUUCACAACCAGGAACUUCCUCAUUUUGAACCUCCACCUUUUCAGGGAACCGGAGAAGAUCAAAUGCCUCAUGGCCAGCAACAAUCUUUACACAGUUUCUUCCCACCAAAGGAAGAAGAAACUGUCCAAACGACAGAGACAAACAAAGAUGGGAAUUGCAGUGGUGAAAAAGGAAAAAGUGUUGAUUUAAACUUGAAGCUAUGAGCAUCUUCUUUUGCCCCAUUUUCUUGUCAUGGUGUCACUAUUAGGCCAGUUGUUCCUCACUAUGAAACUCACACCCAAAAUUGCAAACUCAUCUGUGAUCCAAUGUCACAAGUGGGUAGAUAUUUCUAGAAGUCGCACAUGUGGGGCUGAGUCUGAAAGGGACUUCAAAUCUUUGCCAUGUGAGAAGUGGGAGAGCGGAGAAGCAAAAACGAGAGAUUUAGUUUGUUUUUAGGCCUAGGGGCUCCCUAUAAUAAUAACAAUGUCUUUUUUGCUUCUAUAAAGCCGAACUCUGAUAGUUGUGUG